UGUUCAUAUAACUAAUUAUCUUUAAUGCAAAUCAAUUACAUGUAUUUCUUUUUUAUUUUAACAGAGAACAUUCAUCACAAUGUUUAACUCCAAUAUUGGCCUGUUAUCAAAUUGAAGUAGUUUAUAAAUAAACGUUCUUGUUUAUUCUCAUGUGAUCAAGUUGGCCUGGUUGCUUUAUUGAUUGAGUUGCGAUACUUCCUCUUUGUAUGCACACAUAAACUAGUUGUUAAAGCUCUGUGGGCCAAUAUCGUUUAGUUUACCUUACCCAUGUCACAUGACUGGUGACAUUAAUUCUUUAGUUGCUGGAGAGAUAAACUUGCCAACAAACCGAAGUUGAUAUUUAUUUGAAUCUGUUUAGCUGAACAUUAAGUGUUAUAGACAUUGGACAUUAUAGCUAGAUGGAUUGUUUUUUUUGUUUAAUAGUCAAUGAGCCUAGAUGCCUUAUUAUUUGAGUUAAAUCAAAGAUGUACUGAAUAAAAUAUUCAGUGGUCAUCAAAAUGGCAGCUUUUUCGCAAUCCACCAUUGAAAAAGGAAAUGACUGGGUCCAAGACUUUUUGUGUUCGGCGUGCGAAGACGAGAAACUGAACGAAUCUGCUGAUUUCUACUGUGACUCUUGCAAGAAGUUUUACUGCCGAAAAUGUAUCCACUUGCACGGCCAAUUGUUUAAGAAACAUUCCACUCAUGGAAGGAGUGAUAUGAAGAAAUGGCCAGUGGUCAAGAAGGUGGAAGAUUUUCUUCUAAAAUGUGAUGUUCACAAAGAAGAAAACCUUGCAAGUUUUUGCGAAGACCAUAGCAAGCUGUGCUGCAAUACUUGUGCUUUCCAUAAUCACAGGCAAUGCAAAACGGUGAUGCUUUUAUCUGACUUGGUUAAAAAUACCUCCACAGACCUCAAACAAGUAUUAGUUACUAUCCAAACUACUCUGGCAGAACUGAAGAAGCUUCAAGACAAUCAGGAGGCUAGCAUUCAGUCUGUGCAAAGUUCAUAUGAUGAGCAGUUACACAAGAUACAGGAAACUCGGCAAAAGAUACUUGCAGCCUUAGACAUGCUUGAAAAGAAAACUCUGCAGGAAAUGAAAGAUACACUGACAAAACUGCAAGCCUCUCUAAAAAGUGAUGUUGACAAAUGUUCCACUCUUCGAAAUGAAUUUAAACAACUUAGAGACGCUAUUCAGGACAUAAGCGAUAAAAGCAAGCAAGAACUAUCUUUUAUAGCCAGCAUUAAAUGCAAGGACAAAAUACAUCAGUUUGAAAACUAUCAGAAGAAGAACUUUGCUCAACUAAAAUUUUCAAUAACUUUCCAGCCUAAUAGUGAAAUAAUGCAGUACCUUUCCCAGUUGUCCGGUCUUGGGAAGAUUGAACACUUUGCCCAGUCAUUGACUGCAGUGGGAAAUGCAGACCAAAUCAUAAGUAUUGAUGGGAAGUCUAAGUAUGAUGUACACAUACAGGGUGAUUCAAUUACUUGCAGAAUCGAAGACAUUUGUGUUCUCCCUAGUGGACAAGUCCUUGUUGUAGAUAGCCAAAAUAAUAAAGUCAAGCUGUUGAACAAGCAGUACCAGGUUGUGAGUCACUGUAGUGUAUCUGAUUCGCCUUGGGGCAUAUGUCAGAUCACACCAAGUGAGGUUGGUGUUACUGUUGGUAAAGAGGUCCAGUUUAUCAAAAUCAACAACAACCAGCUGGUGAAAGACAGAAAGCUCAAGUUUCAACAUAACUGUUUGGUUAUUGCCUCCCACCGGGGUGACCUGUUUGUAACCUCAGGUACUGAACUAUACAACUACUCGCUGGAUGGUAAACUAGUCAGCAAACUGCAGGAGAAUAAUUCAGAUACAAAUACAGUAAUGGGUUGUGCAGUGAGCCCGACAGGUGACAAGUUGUAUAUCACAAACUUCGAUGAGCACAAGCUCCUCACUCUGGCCAGGGAUGGAUCAGUCCUUUCCAUCUUCACAAACCCUGAAUUGGUCUAUCCAACUUGUGUACAUGUGACACCUGCAGGCCAGGUGCUGGUAUGUGGAGGGACUUCCUAUACUAUCCUACAGAUUGACAGUAAGGGCAGUAGGAAGCUGGCCACUCUGGCUACAGGGAGCGAUGGGAUUUAUUGCCCAAGGUCAGUCUGCUACAACAGCAACACUGACUCCAUUAUUGUGGGAACUGAAUCUGUUUUUGUGGGACAGUCUAACUACAUCCUGGUGUACAAAGUGAAAUAGCUUAUCAUUCUUGUAUCUGUUUUGUGUAAUAAUAAUAAUAAUAAUAAUUAGUAUAAUAAUGAUACAAAUUACAAGUGCUGUUAGUCAAUUAGUGCUUUGGUACAGUGCAACAAUUUAAAAAGAUAUAUAAUUAUACUGUACAUGUGUAGGAAUAAGUGAUAUAAAUGACAAUACUUGUUUAUGUAAAAGUGAUAUGCUUCAAAGCAAGAAUGAUUGCAAAUGUGGAUACUUAUAUUUUUAUGCGGUUCUGGGGGCAUAUUAAAAUCGCACCGUCAGUUAAGUUUGUUUGUCCGUCUGAAUCAGUUUUCACUCAAUAAGUCAAGCAAAAUUGUCAUCAGAUCUUCACCAAACUUCAUGAAAAUGUGUAAGGCAAUAACAUGAAGGUCAAGUUGGAUAAUCGACGAAAUUGACCCAGACACUCCUGAGUUACGGCCCUUGAAUCAUCUUAAAUUGGGUUUUUCUCGUUUCCGCUCAAUAACUCUAGCAAAUUUCAUAGGAUCUUUGCCACACUUCAUGAAAAUGUGUAAGGCAAUAACAUCUAGGUCAAGUUCAAUUAUGGGCUAAAUUGACCCAGACACUCCUGAGUUACGACCAUUGAAUCAUCGAAAAAUUGCGUUUUUUCUUGUUUCUGCUCAAUUACUCCAGCAAUUGUCAUUGUAUCUUCACAAUACUUCAUAAAAAUGUGAAAGGUAAAUAACAUCUAGGACAAGUUUGAUGAUCAGCCAAAAUGACUCAGACACUUCUGAGUUAUGGCCCUUAAAUCAUCAAAAAGUUGCGUUUUUUCUAGUUUCCACUCAAUAACUCGAGCAAAUGUAAUAGGAUCUUCGCCACACUUCUUGAAAUUAAGGUCAUAUGAUCAAGGCCAAGUUCGAUAAUCAGCCAAAUUGACUAAGACACUCCUGAGUUUCGGCCAUUGAAUCAUAAUUUAUUUUAUUUUUUCUCGUUUCCCCUCAAUAACUCAAGCCAUUGUCAUCGGAUCUUCGCCACACUUCAUAAAAAUGUGUAAGCCAAUAAAAUCUAGGUUAAGUUUGAUAAUCAGCCAAAUUUACGCAGGCACUUUUGAGUAACGGCCCUUGAAUCAUAAAAAAAAAUGUGUUUCCUCUCAAUUACUCAAGUAAACCUGGGUUUCAUGUGGAAUUGGCCAACAACUCAGAUGGACUGGUAUUGUUUUAAAAAAUUUCCUCAGUGAAACAGUUUCAAUUGUUGCUAUCAAAUUCAUUCUCAAGAGUUGUUAACUAGUCAAAAAAAUUGAUAUGUGAAGCUCACAUGUCCAUAUCACAUAAUGGGCCAAAUGUAAAAAAAUUGUCAAAUAUAUAACCCAUUUAUAAUGGUACAGAUAUCAUAAAUAACUGACAAAUAUCCUGUUUUAACCUAAGGUUUUUAUCAGAACAUUUUCUGGGGCAUGUGUUAUCCUUCAGAGACAGCUCUUGUUCCUUAAAUAAUGUUAUUUCUCAUGCUACAUGUAUGUUUAGAAUUUGAUUUAUUAGAUUUGUAACAAUUACUUGAUUCAUUCCUUUAUUUGAUCUUUAAGUGGCUCGGAUAGAAUUUAGCUUAUGGAAAACUUAUCAAUUGAUAAUAUUGGCUUAUAUAAUAUAGCCAAUAUUUUGUAAUGAAUUGAUAGUUUUCAAAUUUAAAUACCUUUUAAAUCCAUUGUUAUUUUUACAGUUUGUAUGAUUUUUUUCCCAUCAUUUUGCACUUUGUUUUGCUUAUCAUAAUUGUGUACCAAAUGUCGAGAUGGUAGAGAAAAACAAAUAACUGCCUGUUUGUUUUGUAUGAUAUCAUGCAAGCCUAAGUAGAUUAAAAUAAUGAUGAAGCUUGCCAAACCUUAAGUUAAUUCCCACCAAGCCUGAUAUAUUACAAAACGAUCAGGCAGUUAUCUGUUUCUCUGUUCAUCAUAACUUUGUCGCCAUUUAAAAAUAAUACUGAAAUAUUAUCGCUGCAAUGCUUCAUUUUAGUUGGAAUAAAUAUAAUUUUUGACAUUUGAGGUGUCAAUGAUGACGUCUUUAACACUUGCACUUAAUUCUUGAUAAAAUAUGUGUUUUGCUGUGUUUGAACAUUUUUGUGUAAAAAAUAUAUAACACCUUUUAUCCAAUUGUUUGUUUUGUUGAAUCUGAUUAUAUUGUUCCAAAAAUGAUUAUUGUUUACUUUGAGUAAUAUUACCUAUGUCCAAAUAUUGGCUGAUAUAACAACUUUCUUUUGAUAUAAUAUUAAACAAUAUAUCAAGCAGCGUUAUAUCAGGCAGAUAUCAAUGUAGUGUAUAAUAAAGAGUAAAAAAGAAUCAGUAAUGUCCCAAAUUGGGAUGAUGUAUUCAAUUCAAUGUGAAAUCAUCACUCCAAACAUAACUCUGCGAGCAGUCACUCCAGACUUGAACCAGUUAUUUUGAAACUAUUUAUAAUCUGGGGCUGCGAAGCUAGACAUUGUAUUAUAGUCAUUUCCUCAAUCUGUUCGUAAUACUUUUGAGUCCGCAACUAUUUUGUGCCUGUGAUGUUUUUCUGAUACCUUUUAUGGAUGUUCAACAAACUCACAUCAAUUGUUGAGGUCAUGAAGCGAUGAACAAGAGGGCUUAGUCAGUCAAGCGAGGUUAAGUUCAAAGUCACACUUCAAGGUCAAAACCCUGUCUAUUUUUGUGUCUGAUCCAGGUCUCCUAUACUGUUUGAAGCAUUUACAUGAAACUUGGCUAAAAGGUGAAGGUCAUUGAGAUGAUGUACAGAAGGUCAAAGUUUUUGUCCAUUUAGUAUCUCCUGUAAUAACCAUUGCAUAAAGGAUAUUUAUGAAAAGCUAAUGCCAUAGAGACAAUUUGCAUAAGUUAUCAAUCAAAUCACUUUAACAAUUGGUUCAGAUCACCAACUGAAUGUCAGAACAUUGGCAAAGUGGACUGCCUUACUUCAAUAGAAAAGUGAACUUUGUUUAACCUGAUAACACAGCAAUAGACCCAACUUGAAACAAUCAUGAAACAUAAUGAUAUUCAGUUUUGUAUAGUUUGGAGAGUUUUACUAGUUUUACUUUGACUUGUAUUUUAUAAAGAGUUUUAUUUCCACUUGUACAUUUACAUGAAGAAUGUAUUUUUGAACUUAUUAUUGAUUUUCUUAAUGUGUGUCAUUAUACAGAUUAAAAAAGAAAUAGGCGUGAAGGGUUGGUGAA